UAUUUUUAUUUUUAUAUUCAUUCUUUUUUUGGUAUACAUUUUCCAAAAAUGCACCGACUUCUGCUGCUGCUGCUGUUGCUGGCGUUCUCACACCCGCUCUUCUUUUAGUCACGCACUCUCUCUCUCUCUCUCUCUCUCUCUUUUACUCUGGAGCUCAUAUAAGACACUGAGUAUGCCAACAAUUUUGAACAGUCACUGCGCACAGCUCGACGGGAGUACAACAAAAAAAUAAGCCGCUGAUCAUUAUGGGAGUCAUAUACAAAAUACUGAAACAGCAGCGUCAACAACAGCAACAGCAGCAGCAGCAACAUCUGAGGCAAAUGCAAUGCAACAAUAUGGAUUUGAGCAUGGCAACCAAAUGCAAGGUGCAAGCAGCAAUUAAACAGCGUCAAUUGCAGCGACUCGAGGUGAGGCAACAGCAACAACAACAGGACACAACUGAGGAUGCAAUUGCCGAGCAGCAAUUCCAGCAACUUUAUCACUUUCUCGCCGAGAAUGCGUCACGCAAGAAGCGUCAGCGACAGCGUCUCAGAAUGCAGCAGAUGAAAGGCGACGAUGCAGAGCAGCCACUUUGUGAAUUGCAAGCAACAGCAACCGGAGCAACCGGAGCAACCACAACACAUGACAUGGACUUGCUCAUGGAGCAGUUGAAUACUUGCGACAACAGCCAGCCAUCCAGCAUCAGCGAGGACAACAGCAGCAACUUCUGCAGCAGCAAUGCGACGGCGCCUAGAGAUAGCAUUCUCCUGAAGAUACGCCAUCAGAUCUUUGAGCGCAAGCGACAGCAAAGGCAACGCCAACUGGCGGAGUUGGUGGAACAACGUCUCGUUGUCUGGCGACCAUGGUGAAGCAUCAACUUUCUCCAAAUUUUUCCAAAAUACUUAUUCCUUUGCGCCGUGUGAUGUGUCCGCUGCUCUUCCAUUUUCAUGACUACGAUUUACUCUACUUACUUACCUUUUCACCUUUUUUUUUUAAAUGUUUUUUUAUGCUAGUUUUAAUACACUUUUUUUUAACGGAAAAAUAUGCAUAAGUGAUGUCACUAUAUACAUAUAUACUUUAUAUAUAUAUGUACAUAUUUCCUAUAGAAGUUUUAGCAGCUAAAAGUCCAAAGUCGUUUGAAAUUAUAUUAGAUGUAAGUUGGUGAUCAAAAAAGUAUUUCACACUGAAAUUUAUGAAUUAAUCAUUUCAAUAAAAGUAAAGAUAAAUAAGAAAACAAAUUGCGUUGAAUUUGAAAUGUAAAU